CCAAUUACAGAAUCUUGGGCUUUCGGGCACAAAGACCGACAGGAAUCCAUCAUAUAUGUGGCUCCUCCUCUGGUCCCUCCCACCCCAAUUCUCCAGGAUUUAGUUCUUGCUGUUCUGAGUGACUUCCACCUCUGGUUAUUCUGCACAACAAAGCCACGAAUCACAGACUCCAGACUUUCCACAGCCUCCUCCUUGGCUACAGCACCCAGCCAGCCUAGGCCCAGGUCUCUAAUUUCAGCCCUGACAGACUCAGAGGUUACAUUGGUCCAAACAUGGCAAUGAAGUAUGAAAAUUUCCAGCACUUGGGGAAUGAGGAGAAAAAUGAAGAGAUAAAAGCACCUCCUCCCCAGGUUGGCUUCUGGCAUAUCUGUUCUGAUCAUCGCCUCAUCCUGUUCUCCCUGGGCCUCAGCCUCUUGCUGCUGGUGGUUGUCUGUGUGAUCGGAUCCCAAAAUUCCAAGUUACAGAGGGACCUGAGCAUCCUGAGGACAACUUUCAGCAAUUUCACUAAAGACACUGGGGCUGGGGUCCAGGCACUGACCUUCUAUGGUCACAGCUUGCAAGAAACCAUAACAUCUUUGAAAGUUGAAGUGGAGGAUCAUAGGCAGGAACUGCUGACAGCCCGCAGCUUGAACCAGAAGGUGGUUUCUGUGGAGAACAGCCUGCAUAAACAGGAGCAGGAAUUCAAAGCAGAUCAAUCUGAGAUGUUCCUGCGAGUACAGCAAUUGGCAGAAGUCCUGAAAUCCCUGACUUGCCAGGUGGCGGACCUCAAGAGCAAUGGUUCUGAAAAGACCUGCUGCCCCCUUCACUGGUUGGAGCAUGAUGGCAGCUGCUACUGGUUCUCUCCGUUUGGCAAGUCCUGGCCUGAUGCUGACAAGGACUGCCAGCUGCAGAACUCCCACCUGGUGGUGGUCACCUCCUUAGAAGAGCAGAAAUUCUUGGAGAAGCACAUGGGCUCUAUACCCACCUGGAUGGGCUUAACUGACCAAAAUGGGCCCUGGAGAUGGGUAGACGGGACUGACUACAAGACGGGCUUCAAACACUGGAGUCCAAAGCAGCCUGAUGACUGGACUGGACAUGGGCUGGGAGGAGGUGAGGACUGUGCCCACUUCACCUCUGAUGGUCGCUGGAAUGAUGAUGCCUGUCAGAGGCCCUACCGCUGGGUCUGUGAGACAGAGCUGGGCAAGACCAACUAGGACCCUCCCUCCCCCUAAUUUAUUUCCUCAAUGCCUUGAGCUGCUGAGGUCUGGGAUUGGAAAUCCUCCUGUGUGUGGGUCUCCACUAUCUUGGAGAUUUUCAUCUAGGAUUUUAAGGGUACAGUGAUUUUGGAAGGGUAGGGAGAUUGAAACCCAUGACACUUUCUGCAGUGUGUGCAGCUUAUUGUUGA